AAGCGCUCUCCGUCAUGAAUCGCUAUCUUAUCGCACUUCCAGGAAAUAUGAUGACCUAUGCAUAUCCGAUCGCCACAACCAACUUCUAAACAAUUCUCUUUCACCCAAUUUUUCAACCCCCAAUCUCUUAAAAAAGCUGUGAUAGUCCCACAGCAAGACGAUUGGAUUCGGUCAUGGGCAAAACGCUCGAUACGGAGAAGCUGGGUUCCGUAUUUGGAACCCGGCCGGAUAUUCUUGAAGGAAUUCAGAGAGCAGCUGAUACGCCGGGACGGAUCGCUCUGUUCAACGAAAUUGCGACUCAUGUUUACGAUCAGUUGUUAAAUGGGGGUAACGAGCCCGCGCACAAGAAGAGAAGAGUCGACGUUCAAACAAACGGAGCCGCGAAUGGCACAAAGCCUGUUAAGACCGAGACGAAUGCCGCAGAUGAGGCUGUUCUUCUCGAAAUCAAGGAAAUUUCAGUUUCUGUGCCCCAGAGGAAGAAGUUCGAGUUGUGUUUUACAGACGGCCACAUCUACGCUCGCGCGCCAAACACAGCAGCACCGAUUCCAGCUAUAACCUACGCGUGGUCAGACAUUGAAUAUGUUUUCUACCUCCCUGUACCCGAAAAGAACCAGGUCCAGCACAACUAUGUCAUUUUCCCACGAGGAACAUGUCUCCCUUCCAAGACGAAUCCCCCGGCCGAAGAGCCACUCGUGUUUACAGUUCCCGCGACUGCGCCCAAGCAGGGUACGAUAGGUGGACCUGACGCUGGAAGCGCGGCUGCAGUUUCGGACAAUUACAAGUCUUUGUUUCACUGGGCUUUGAACCGCCAUCUCAAGCCUAAUGGUGUCAGCAUUAUUUCAGCCGACCCCAACAAGUUCCAGAGUAUGGUGCGACAACCUCAUCGACCGAGCGAGAAAGCUGUGCAUGUCAAGGCCUUCAGGGGCUCCAAGGAUGGAUACCUUUUCUUCCUCGAGAACGGUAUUCUCUGGGGAUUCAAGAAGCCGAUGAUGUUCAUUCCCCUGAGCCGAAUCGCCGCGACGAGCUACACCAACAUUCUCCAACGAACAUUCAACAUCGCAAUCGAGGUCUUUGCAGGCGAAGGCGAUGCGACCGAAGAAGCUGAGUUCUCCAUGCUGGACCAGGAGGACUAUAGUGGAAUCGACGAUUACAUCAAGACGCACCGUCUCCAAGAUCGCAGUAUGGCCGAGCAGCGUAAAGCUAAGCUCGAGCUUGCAGAGAACCGCGGAUCCAAGAAGAACGGCGAAGAGGCCGGAGACGACGCACCAGCUGAAGCUGGUAUUUCUGAACUUGCAAAGGCACAACUGGACGCUGAGCAAGCGCUACAGGAUGAAGAAGAUGAGGAUGAGGAGGACUAUGAUCCCGGUAGUGAUGCGGACUCUGAUGGUUCAGGGGAGUCCGAUGAUGAUGAUGACAGUGACGACGACGAUGAGGACGAGGAAGACGAGGAGGAUGCAGAAGGUGAAGCCGAAGACGGCGAUGAACAAGCUGAGGGCGAUGAGGAGGAAGAAGAAGAGCAAGAGGAGGUUAAGCAGGAGCCAGAGCCGGUCAAAAGAAGCCGAAAAGCUGCCACUCCACCAGCCGAACCUGUACCACCAUCAAAGCCCGCCAAGCAACCCGUUCAGCAGCCCGUCGUGAAGACAGGCUGGGCAGCACUACGAAGUGUUCCUCGAGCGCCAGUCCCUGAAAGUAUGGACUUGGACGAGGAGAAGUUUGAUGUUGUCUAAUGAUGCGGGUGUAUGUAUAUAUGUAAUGAUAGACUUGGCGGGAUAUGAAUCACGGCGGUGUACACAGCAUAGGACUCGAGGAACAUGAAUAUUAUCAGUGCUGAAAGAACACUGGUCGAUGUGAAUAUGUUAUUGAUACAAUUUUAUUGAUGUC